ACCCACCUGUGCCACUCUGCAGUGUCACACACCUGUGCCCAGAAGUGCCACCCACCUGUGCCCAGCAGUGCCACCCACCUGUGCCCAGCAGUGCCACCCACCAGUGCUGCCAUCAGUGCCGUCUAUCAGUACCCAUCAUCAGUGUCACCUAUCAGUGCCACCUAUCAGUGCUGCAUAUUAGUGCCGCCUAUCCGUGACACCUCAUUAGUGCUGUCUAUCAGUGCCGCCUAUCCGUGCCACCUCAUUAGUACUGCCUAUCAGUGCCCUUUAGUGCUGCCUAUCAGUGCCCAUCAGUGCCGCCUAUCAGUGCCCAUCAGUGCUGCCUCAUCAACGCACAUCAGU